AUGCGCCCCGCCGCGCUGGCCCUGGGCUGGAGGACGCUCUGGGCGCUCGCGCUCUCCUCCCUCUCCAACACGUUGGCGGUGAAUAACAGCGGCCGGUGGUGGGGGAUCAUCAACGUGGCCUCCUCCACCAACCUGCUGACGGACUCCAAGAACGUGCAGCUGGUGCUGGACCCCAGCCUGCAGCUGCUGAGCCGCAAGCAGCGCAAGCUGAUCCGCCAGAACCCCGGCGUGCUGCACAGCGUCAGCAGCGGCCUCCAGAGUGCCAUCAAGGAGUGCAAGUGGCAGUUCCGCAACCGCCGCUGGAACUGCCCCACCUCGCAGGGACCCAACAUCUUCGGCAAGAUCGUCAACCGUGGGUGCCGGGAGACAGCCUUCAUCUUCGCCAUCACCAGCGCGGGUGUGACACACUCGGUGGCGCGGUCCUGCUCCGAGGGCUCCAUCGAGUCGUGCACCUGCGACUACCGGCGCCGCGGCCCCGGCGGCCCUGACUGGCACUGGGGCGGCUGCAGCGACAACAUCGACUUCGGGCGCCUCUUCGGCCGGGAGUUCGUGGACUCCAGCGAGAAGGGCCGGGACCUCCGUUUCCUCAUGAACCUGCACAACAACGAGGCCGGACGCAUGACCGUCUUCUCGGAGAUGCGGCAGGAAUGCAAGUGCCACGGCAUGUCGGGCUCGUGCACGGUGCGCACGUGCUGGAUGCGGCUGCCCACCUUCCGCGCCGUGGGCGACUUCCUCAAGGACCGCUUCGACGGCGCCUCGCGCGUCAUCUACGGCAACAAGGGCAGCAACCGGGCGUCGCGCGUGGAGCUGCACCACCUGGAGCCCGAGAACCCGGCGCACAAGCCGCCCUCGCCCCACGACCUCGUCUACUUCGAGAAGUCGCCCAACUUCUGCACCUACAGCGGCAAGAUGGGCACAGCGGGCACGGCCGGGCGCUUCUGCAACAGCUCCUCGCCGGGGCUGGACGGCUGCGAGCUGCUGUGCUGUGGGCGCGGGUACCGCACGCGCACCCAGCGCGUCACCGAGCGCUGCAACUGCACCUUCCACUGGUGCUGCCAUGUCAGCUGCCUGAACUGCACCAACACCCAGGUGCUGCACGAGUGCUUGUGA